UCCCUCCCCUUCGUUCUCGCUUGUUCUCUCCCCACAUUCUCUCUCUACAAUUGAAUUUUUGUUCUUCACGAUCGACAUUUUCAUUUCUGAAAUUUGAAGCUUUGAAAUUCCGAUUCUUAUUUCUUUUAAUUUAGAGAAGUAAAAGUUAUAAUCCAAUGUCAUGCACCGAUUCCGCCUCGUCCUCUCAUGGCGGAGAGUAUAAGAAUUUCCGUCAAAUCACCCGUGACAGGUUGCUGCUUGAAAUGCUUAAAUCAUCCUCAUCAGGGGACUCAAGAGGCUGGAAGGUACUCAUCAUGGAUAAAGUUACUGUUAAAGUUAUGUCUUCUUCAUGCAAAAUGACAGAUAUCACAGAUCAAGGAAUUUCAUUGGUGGAAGACCUUUUCAAGAGAAGGCAGCCUAUGCCUUCUAUGGAUGUUAUUUAUUUUAUUCAACCAAUCAAAGAGAACAUUGUGAUGUUUUUGUCUGACAUGUCAGGAAGAGAACCUUUAUAUAGAAAAGCAUUUAUUUUUUUUAGUGGUCCUACCCCAAAGGAGUUGGUUAGUCAUCUCAAGAAUGACAGUAGUGUUUUACCACGAAUUGGUGCUCUCAGAGAAAUGAAUCUGGAAUAUUUUCCUCUAGAAAGUCAGGCAUUUACAACUGAUCAUGAUAGAGCUUUAGAAGAAUUGUAUAGUAAAAGUUCUGAAAAAUCCCGCCAAUUUGAUAUCACCAUGACUACAAUGGCCAUUCGCAUUGCUACUGUUUUCGCUUCAUUGAAGGAGUUUCCUGUAGUGUGGUAUCGUGCAAAGGGGAUGGAUGGAACAAGCGCAGCAACAUUCCGUGACUUGGUGCCUGUGAGGCUUGCUUCUGCUGUUUGGGACACCAUUUCAAUGUACAAGACAAGUAUUCCCAACUUCCCACAAAAUGAAACAUGUGAUUUGCUCAUUGUUGAUCGAUCUGUUGAUCUGAUUGCACCAAUAAUUCACGAAUGGACAUAUGAUGCCAUGUGUCAUGAUCUUCUAGACUUGGAUGGAAACAAAUAUGUGCAGGAAGUCCCUAAUAAAUCUGGUGGAGACCCUCAAAGAAAAGAGUUCCUUCUAGAAGAUCACGAUCCAGUUUGGCUUGAAAUGCGCCAUUUACAUAUAGCCGAAGCUAGUGAAAAAUUGAGUGACAAGAUGCAAAACUUCAUGUCAAAAAACAAAGCUGCACAAUUACAACAAAAAGAUAAUAGUGAGUUGUCUACUCGAGAGAUUCAGAAGAUGGUUCAAGCUUUGCCUGCUUAUAAUGAACAAAUGGAGAAACUUUCACUCCAUGUAGAGAUUGCUGGAAAAGUCAACAAAGUUGUGAGAGAUGAAGGGCUGAGAGAUCUUGGUCAACUUGAGCAGGAUCUUGUCUUUGGUGAUGCUGGGACAAAGGAACUCAUUCACUUUUUAAGAUCAUAUCAGCACACAGAUACAGAAUUCAAGUUGAGAUUAUUGAUGAUUUAUGCAAUGGUUUACCCUGAAAAGUUUGAGGGUGAUAAAGGAACAAAGCUUAUGCAGGUGGCAAAAGUGCCUUCUGAGGAUAUAAAGGUAUUCCAAAAUAUGAAAUUACUUGAAGGAACAAAUAGCAAAAAGAAACACCAUGGAGCCUUCUCCCUUAAGUUUGAUGCUCACAAGAAACAUCACGCAUUAAGAAAAGAUAGAACAGGAGGAGGAGAAGAAGAAGAGGAAACAUGGCAACUCUCCAGAUUUUACCCCAUGUUAGAGGAUUUGAUUGAAAAACUUGGGAAAAAUGAUAUGCCAAAGGAUGAGUAUCAAUGCAUGAAUGGUCCAAGACCUAAAAAUGCUGCUACUAAUGACACGUCAGCAAAGAGUGGGGGCACAGCUAAUCAUCCAAACUCAAGGAGAUCAAGGAGGACUACCAAACCACAUGCAUCUGGUGAUGGGCAUUCCGGCAAUUCUACGAGUACAGCUACAGAUUUUAAAAACAUGGGGCAGCGUAUUUUUGUUUUUAUCAUUGGUGGGGCCACCAGAUCCGAGUUACGUGUUUGUCACAAACUUACUGCUAAAUUAAAGAGGGAGGUGAUAUUAGGUUCAACUAGUCUCGAUGAUCCAACACAAUAUAUCUCGAAAGUGAAGAUGCUUUCCGAGUAAGAUGACAUGCGGAUACACUAAUCGCAUAAAUAGUGUUGGUCUUUUUUAUUUAUAUUUUUAAUGGAUAUGAUGGGAAAUAUAUACGAGUGUUUUUUAGUUACUAUAGAAAAAAGUUGUAUAAAAAUUCUCAUUAGUUGUGGAUACAGGACUUUUCUCAUUAAGUCCUUAAUUUUUAUAAAUUCUCUCAUUUUCU